UCAAUGCUCUCAAUACUCCAAUGCAAUACACUGUUCCUUCUACGGAAGGAGCUUAUAUUUGGUCCUGCCUCACGCGCACAUACGCGUAGGCCUUGGGAAGUUUCCCUCUCAAGUUCCUGUGAAGAGUGAAGCGGAAGUCCUCCAUUUCUUCGGCUGCUGUUCCUCUUUCAUUCCCAUUUCCCCACAAGGAUUCUCAGGCUCCCUCAGUCAGGUUUAGUUUAUUUAUAUGGCUUAUUCAGCUGAUGAUCACAGCACCAUAUCACGACGAAAUGUUGAGUUACAAGGAUUAGCUGCUCGUAGUGUAUCAAUGACCGUUCCUCUCAAUGCAUCCUAUGAAAGCGAAGAUGCUUUUAUGUCUCAUACUGGCCCAUUGUAUUGUCACAGGACUGCUCAAUUCUCACCAAUGAGCGGUCCUUUGCAUGGGGGUCAAACACCCGGAUAUACUUUGAAAAAAUAUGAAAAACAUCACAGCAAAUCACAUGCAGUCAUGCCAGAAGAAAUGAAUGGGAAGUAUUGUUUAGAUGGCAGUGAUGCUGAGAGAAAUGAGCAUUUAUGGAAAUCAGGACCUUUCGCCGUGUGCAAUAAUGCUGACUGUAUCGAUUGUCCUGCAGCUUACAAGACCAAAAUGGGUUACUAUAGAACUUCUGGUUCACUUGAGACCAAGCUUCAUAACAUUCUUUAUGGGGAUGCUGAAGGCUGGUCAACGAGAACAAUCACAUUUUUAAAUUCAUAUUUCCCAAUUAUGAAUCCCCAUACCAAGGUUGUCCAGCAGUGGAACAAAUUUUUUGUUAUAUCGUGCUUGGUUGCAAUAUUUGUUGAUCCAUUAUUUUUCUUCCUUUUAUCAGCACGGCAGGACCAAAAGUGCAUAGUUUUCAAUUGGUCCCUAGCGACAGCAAUAACUGUUGUGAGAAGUGUUACCGAUUUCAUUUAUUUUAUGCAUAUGCUUCUUCAGUUUAGGUUGGCAUAUGUUGCUCCUGAGUCAAGAGUGGUUGGUGCUGGGGAUUUGGUUGAUCAACCAAAGAAAAUUGCGAUGCAUUAUCUUCGUGGCUAUUUUCUGUUGGACUUAUUUGUUGUUUUACCCCUUCCUCAGGUUAUGAUAUUGGUAGUUAUACCAAAAUAUGUUGGAACAUCAUCUGCUAACUAUGCAAAAAACCUUUUAAGAUUUACAGUUCUUCUUCAAUAUGUACCUAGAAUCAUCAGGUUUCUUCCUCUUCUGGCUGGUCAGUCUGCAAGUGGUUUCAUAUUUGAGUCAGCUUGGGCCAAUUUUGUUAUUAAUCUUCUCAUGUUUGUAUUGGCUGGACAUGUUGUGGGUUCAUGUUGGUAUCUCUUUGGUUUACAGAGAGUGAACCAAUGUUUAAAGAAUGCAUGCUCUGAUUCAGGGAUACCUUUAUGCCUUUCAUUUAUUGAUUGUGGGAGUGGGAACUUUGAUGAAAAAUUGGAUUCUCGUUCGGACAGGUCAGAUUGGCAAAAUAACACAAAUGCUAGUGCUUGCUUCUCUAAGGAUGGAGCUUUUCAGUAUGGAAUUUAUGUACAAGCCGUUAAUCUGAUCACCGAAAAUAGUGUGGUUACACGAUAUUUGUAUUCCUUGUUUUGGGGAUUCCAGCAAAUCAGUACUUUAGCUGGUAACCAAGUGCCGAGUUAUUUUAAGUGGGAAGUUUUAUUUACCAUGGCCAUCGGUGGAUUGGGACUGCUACUUUUUGCCUUGCUUAUCGGAAAUAUGCAGAACUUCCUCCUAGCCCUUGGAAGAAGGAGGCUGGAAAUGCAACUGAGAAGACGGGAUGUAGAGCAGUGGAUGAGCCAUCGGCGUCUGCCAGAUGAAUUAAAGAGGAAAGUGAGGCAAGCAGAGCGAUUUUGUUGGGCCGCCACCAGAGGUGUAAAUGAAGAAGAAUUGUUAGAGAAGUUACCAGAGGACCUGCAGAGAGAUAUACGGCGCCAUUUUUUCAAUUUCCUCAAGAAGGUUCGUAUUUUCUCCUUGAUGGAUGAACCUAUUCUGGAUGCUAUCUUCUGUAAAUUGGGGCAGACAUUAUAUAUUAGAGGGAGCGAUAUCCUUUAUCGAGGAGGUCCCAUUGAGAAAAUGGUCUUUAUUGUCAGGGGUAAAUUGGAGAGCAUUGGUGCAGAUGGAAAUGUGGCUCCCCUUUCAGAAGGGGAUGUUUGUGGGGAGGAGCUCCUUACAUGGUGCCUGGAGCACUCUUCUGCAAAUAAAGCUGGGGGAAGGGUUCGUUUCGCUGGGCAACGGUUGUUUUCCAACCGAACUGUUAGGUGUUUGACUAAUGUUGAAGCGUUUGCCCUCCGAGCUGCUGAUUUGGAGGAAGUGACUAUAAUAUUUGCAAGGUUUUUGCGAAACCCUCGUGUUCAAGGGGCUAUCAGAUAUGAAUCACCAUAUUGGAGAUAUGUUGCUGCCACUCGUAUUCAGGUGGCGUGGAGGUAUCGGCAAUGGCGUUUGAAGAGGGCUGGUAAAUCCAGCAAGAGUCCUCAUUCCUCUUAUCGCAUCUCAAGAUAAAUGUAACACCCACCUUGUAAUUAUAGCCACAUAGCUUUUUUAAUAUUUUUAAUAUUUUAAGUUUUGUUUAUUUCAAUGAAAUAGAUGUAUUUGGUAUAGAGGAGGAUACUGGAAAAUUUUACCAUCUUAUGUAUCAGUUCCUUGGAAAAUGCAUUGAUAAAAUAGCAAAAGCUUGUUUAAAAAGGAAGAAAUAUAAAAGAUGCUUUUUCAGCAUCUAAUUGC